CUGCUACAUCACCGACCAUAAAAUUAUGCGCCGCUUUACGCUUUUUUGCUGAUGGCAGCUACCAAAAUAGUAGCGGUAGCAAUUUUAAUUUUGGUUUAGCUCAACCCACAUUUUCUGUGGUUCUUGUGGAAGUUCUAAACAUCCUUGAACAACAUGUCUGUUGAUCAAGGCGGCGAUGACCACUGAUGAAAUACAGGAUUCCAAACUGGCUGUUUACGCUCAAAGUGGAUUUCCAGGAGUAUUGGGCUUCGUUGACGGUACGCAUGUCCGAAUCUGUGGGCCACGAAAGGAAGUACAGCAUCUAUAUCUUAAUAGAAAAGGAUACUACAGCCUUAAUGUGAUGAUUUUUUCAGACUAUAAACAGAAUAUUGGGUUCGUUGACGCCAGAUACACAGGUUCUAAUCAUGAUUCUCAUAUAUGGAAUGUGAGCACACUAAAACAACGACUCGAUCAGAAUUUGCCAACAAACACAUGGAUUUUAGGUGAUACAGGAUAUCCACUAGGAAGAAUUAUAAUGACCUCAUUUCGGAAUACAGUUGAUGGCUAACCACAAAAGAGGUACAACAAAAUUCAUGCUAAAGCAAGGAACUCCGUUGAGAGAACCAUUGGCGUGCUGAAAAGCAAGUUCAGGUGUUUGCUUUCUGCGCGUGGUUUGCACUACGCGCCAGAAAAAGCUAUGCAAAUUGUUAAUAGCUGAAAUACAAUGCCGGCGAACGGCGAACUCACC